GCCGUGAGAAAAUGUCGUCUGGGGGUAAUAACACCGCGCAGGGGCAGAUUUUUAGACCACCGCGGUCCUCGCGCACUCUCAGUCAGUUUCCCCCGUCAGGGCGUCCGUUACUCCUCGGUUAUCCGCGCGUGACUGUGGGAGCUGAGUGAACGGCGGACCUGAUGGACGUGUUCAGCUUCGUCAGGAUGCCCAAACUGUCAGGCCACAGGACCAAAGCCUCGGGCGGAUGGACGUCUUCGUCUCAUGGGCCUGUAGACGGAUGGGACACGGUGUCCAGUAGAGACGAGCGUGACUGCUUCAUCGAUCACAUCUCCCAGCCGAGUUCUCUGGAGGAAGUGCGUCUUGGGCUGGAGGGCGACAAGUUAGCGCCUCGGAAAGUUGAAAUGAGACGAGACCCAGUUUUAGGCUUCGGCUUCGUGGCAGGAAGUGAAAAACCUGUUGUAGUUCGUUCUGUCACUCCAGGAGGUCCAUCAGAGGGGAAACUGUUUCCUGGAGAUGAAAUCAUUAUGAUUAACGAUGAACCAGUCAGCGGUGCUCCUAGAGAGCGAGUGAUCGACCUGGUCAGGAGUUGUAAGGAGGCCAUCGUAUUGACGGUCAUCCAGCCGUACCCUUCGCCCAAAUCUGCCUUCAUGAGUGCCGCCAAAAAGGCAAAGCUGAAAUCAAACCCGGUAAAAGUUAGAUUUGCCGAAGAGGUCAUCGUUAACGGUCAAAUUCCUGAAACGGUGAAGGAUAAUUCGCUUCUCUUCAUGCCAAAUGUUCUGAAAGUCUACCUUGAAAAUGGCCAGACGAAAUCAUUCAAGUUUGACAGCAACACCUCAAUUAAGGACGUCCUACAGACGCUGCAAGAGAAGCUGUCUAUUAAAAGCAUUGAGCAUUUUUCUCUGAUGUUGGAGCAGAAGAUGGAAAAUUCCAACACAAAGUUGGUUCUCCUGCACGAGCAAGACAUGCUAAGUCGGGUGACUCAACAACCUGGCUCGCACAAGAUGAGGUGUUUAUUUCGCAUUGCUUUUGUACCAAGGGAUCCAGUGGAUCUUCUCCGUCAUGACCCUGUGACCUUUGAGUAUCUCUAUGUGCAGAGCUGUAAGGAUGUUGUUCAGGAGCGUUUCGGUUCAGAGCUGAAAUAUGACACAGCUCUUCGUCUUGCUGCUCUUCAGAUGUACAUUCUCACAAUCAGCACCAAACAAACUCAGAAAGUCUCCCUCAAAUACAUUGAGAAAGAGUGGGGGUUGGCUCUGUUUCUUCCUCCGGCGGUUCUGUCCAGCAUGAAAGAGAAAAACAUCAAGAAGGCCAUAGCACACAUUCUGAAAACGAAUCAGAACCUGGUGCCUCCUGGAAAAAAGUUGACGGCGCUGCAGGCCAAAGUCCACUACCUGAAGUAUCUCAGUGACCUGAGACUGUAUGGAGGAAGAGUGUUUAAGUCCACACUGCUUCAAGCAGAGAAACACACAGAGGUGACACUUCUGGUUGGGCCACGACAUGGAAUUAGCCACGUCAUCAACACCAAAACCAACAUGGUGGCCCUGCUGGCCGACUUCAGCCAUGUUAACCGCAUUGAGAUGUACACAGAGGAUGAGAGGAACGUCAGAGUAGAGCUCCACGUGCUCGAUGUGAAGCCCAUCACACUAAUAAUGGAGUCCAGUGAUGCAAUGAAUCUGGCAUGUCUUACUGCGGGUUACUACAGACUGCUGGUGGAUUCACGGCGCUCCAUCUUUAACAUGGCCAACAGCACAUCUGGCCAUGAUUCCCGGGAAAAGCACAACUUUCAAGCGAUUGAGUGGAACUACGGUUCCUAUACUGGGUGCGAGGACUAUAGUGGCAGGCUCUCAGAUCCAGACUCUACCCCAAUGUAUAUUACUGAGCUCCACCAAGCGCAUCGGGCGAGCAGGGGCACCUGUAUGCAAACCCAUGCCCACACGCAGCCCUUUUUCAGAGGCAAGUCUGACGAGUCACCCAAGAGCGCCAAGGUGUCUUUUAUAUUUGGAGACGCUCCAUUGGAUGGCGUGAAUCCUCAGCAUUUGGGGUACCAAAGGUUGAGGGAGGACAUUCCGGAGGUUUUGGACGACCAACGGCCACUUUAUUUGCAUCAGGAUGAUUAUAAACCCUUGGAUUCUUGUUUGGAUAUGGAUGGAUUCCAGUAUGGGAAUCACAUGGUCUACGGCGACGGUAAAAUCUUUGGUACCACUGAAGGAAUCGAGGAGCCGCUCCUGCAUGACAUCUGCUACGCUGAAACCACUGAUGAUGCCGAGGACGAAGACGACAUCAGUUGUGAGGAUGACAUGUCAGUGAUGGCGAUGGCGGAUUCUCGAGAAAGAGCUCUGUCACUGCUUUCCCUGUCGGAAUCAAGCGACGAUAUCAUCGACCUGACAUCUCUUCCACCGCCACCAGAGGGAAACGAUGUCGAAGACAACGACGUGCUUUUGCAGUCGCUAAACCUGGCCAUAGCUGCUCCACCACCAGGAUUCAGGGACAGCUCAGAUGAAGAUGAGCACCAAGGAGAACAAAUGAGGGAGAAAAGAAACUUGGACAUCCCGGUGUCACUAAUCGACUCUGUGCCGAUGAACGCGGACAGAGGAACACAGGAAGUGUUGGAUGAUGCUGUCGUUUCCACUUUGCAAGCGCUAGAAGCUUUGGCAGCCUCUGAAGAUCAGUCCCGCCCACAAUCUGACAAUAAUUCAGGUGUAGAAAUAUCUCGAACCUAUAGUCCAGAGUCUGCUUCAGAUUCUGGAAAUGAGACUAAUUCCUCCGAAAUGACAGAGAGCUCAGAGCUAACAGCAGCUCAGAAACUCUCAGACAAUCCACUGAAAAUGUUUGUGGCCACCGCUGAAGGAUAUCAGACGCUGGACGCAGAGAAAACAGAGUUCCGUUUGAGGGCCACGUCUAGAAACCAGGACGAAGAACUGAAGUCCACAGCUGUAGCUUCCUGUCAGGCCCUCCAUUCAGACCACUUUGAGAUGGAGCCUGAAACAAUGGAGACCAAAUCGCUGUCUGAUUACUUCAACAAAAUGCACAUGGACGCCAUGAUGGGCAAGAGACAAGGAAAAGUCGACCAGGGAGACUCCAGAUUGGGAAUUGCUAGCAAAAACGAAUCGACGCAAAUAAAGGCCAUUGGCUCUAACGUAGAGGACGUUGUUGGGAGAUACAACAAUGUUAAUUCAAGAGAACCUCUUCACACAGGGUUUGACCUUCAAAGGACACCUUUUCCGUUUCAGAACGCACGAUCAGAUCAGAUCCUGAACUGUAAAGCAGAGGAGCACGUUUACUCUAAGACACCAAAGUGUGGCAGCUCUAAUACCAUAGCUCAAAGUAAUCUCAGAGGAUCUCUGAUGGACCUGAACACUCGCUCAGCUGCAGAAGAAGCUUUCUUAAUUGAACAAGCCACACAAGAACAGCAAAGUAAGGUACCGGCAUCUGAGAAGGAGGUGACGCGGUUGUACGAGUACCACUUGCCGAAGAGGAUGUCCUCACUCCAGAGCGAAGGAAUUCAUUCCCUGCAGAGCUCGCAGUGCUCCUCCAUCGAUGCGGGGUGCAGUACAGGAAGCAGCAGCUGCGUGACGCCCAUGGAUUCACCACUCUGCACUGCCGAGAACAUCCACCUGAUCACUGAAUCUUCUCUGAAAGGCCUCGGAUACCCUAAUGCAGAAGAAAAAAACUACAGUCAAAGUCCGCAUCGCAAACUCGCCCAUCAGACUUUAGAUCCUGCAUUUUUACGAAAGCACCAUGCAACGCCUGGUACAGAGUCCAGCAUGGGACGCGAAGGAUGCCAAAGGAUGGCCAAGAUUAGAGAAACUACAGAGUGCGAGUGCUGCUACGACUCCCUCUCCUCUCCUCUCUCCACAGAGAUAGCUAGAUAA